AUGAAAGACGAGUACCUAGAAGAUUCAUUUCCGCCGUACUGUAUUGGAUGGUACUAUCUGUUAACCAGUGACUUGAUCAAGCCGAUCCUCCGCGAGCUCCCUUACUGCACUUACUUUUGGAUCGACGAUGUGCAUAUCACAGGACAUAUUGCACAAAGAGCUCAGGCGCAUUUCGAGAACUGGACCAAUACAAGCAUGAUGACUAAUCCUAAAAGCAGCGCAAUGAUCGAUGGCCAUGUGAUAUUCAUGCUCACCAAAUCGGUGAAUGAAAGGAAACAAAUAUGGGCAAAGCUUCGACGAAAAUAUGGGCAUGAUGAGCAGGAAAGCGGGAAAACAACCAUCCAGAAAUUUCGGUGA